GGAAAAAGGCGCACGAGGCGGCACGACGCACGUUCGGUUUGAUUUACACGUCACGAACAAAAUUAGCGUCACUUUGACCGGCCCUGACCGGCUCUGAGGCCCGAGGCCUUGCUCAUCGUAAGUCCGAGUCAGCGCGUCAACGUUACGUUCAACCCUCAUCUUCUGUAUUCUAGCACUAUCUAUACUCAUAACUUGUAGUCUUUUGCUAAUCGGCUCCCCAAGUAGUCUCCCCUCGAUUUCGACCUCUGAAAUCAAAGCUUUACUGGACAACGAGGACGAAUAGAAGACUUUUUUGAGCCUUCCCGGUCUCGCAAAGUCUCUGGUCCUCGAACAGAUAAUUCCUGGAUGACUAGCGGCUUCGGCACCUCACUUCAUGCACACUUCCAUCUUCGCAAUCAACAGGCGUUCCAGCGCCUGCUCGCCUCGAACAAUGCAUCGUCAGGGGCUGCUGAUGGUGCUUCCUCUAGAGGGAUGAGCUUUGGGAGCAGCCCACGCUCUCUCAAAUCCAAAGUUGGCCGUGAUGAGGAUAGAAUUGAUAUCAAUGCCAGAGAUGGUUUUGGUCGGACCGUCUUGCACCUUGCCAGUGCUUCAACCGACGCUUCAAGUGUCGAAUACGUCAGGCUACUCCUUAGGCAACCCGAUCUCAAUGUAAACCUACAGGACCGCGAGAGCCAGUGGACAGCUCUGCAUCGCGCUAUGUAUAUCGGAAAUUUGGGAGUAGUACUCCUAUUGCUUCAGCACUCAAACACCGACACAACCCUGAAAGAUCUUGAGGGCUACACUGCGUUCGAUCUAUACAACUCAACAAUAGAAGGCACGAAGCCUGAACCGUCUUUAUUUCCUGCUACAUCAACCAUUUCUCCCCUACAAAGUAUCGGCGGAGCUGAACUUUUCACUUGGGGAGCAAACAGAAACGCUUCUUUAGGGCACGGGGAUAGCUCCGAUCGUACCUUUCCAGAUCCUGUCUCCAUUCCUCGCAUUGUGCUCAAGAGCCCCGAUCAUGUUCCGGUGCAAGACCGUUUCGCUCGUGCUGCAGUCUUGCAGGUAAAAAUGGGUAGACUACACACUGCCGUCAUUUCUAAUUCACCGACUCCUAUUGGCUCUGGGUCGACGCUUUCAUUAUGCGGUUUUGGCUCUGGAGGACGUCUAGGCGUAACUCAGCACACACAAUACGCUUUAAGGCCGCUUUCCUGGGCUGCUAAUUCACAGGCACCAUCCACUCCUGCUAAAGCUUUAACCCAAUUCAGGGUGAAAGUGAUUGCUGUUGCUCUCGGGCAGGAUCAUACUCUGGCAUUGACAGAGAACGGCGAAAUAUAUUCUUGGGGUUUAAACAGGUUCUCUCAAUUGGGAUAUAGUAUAGACGACGGAUCGAGUGCUGCUCAUGUGUUCUCAUUGGAUGACCCUUCUAUAUUCAUCACUCAGAGCACCACGAGAACCGAUUCGACCAUUUCCUCUAACGGGGAACAAAUACAGUUAAUACCCCGACGGGUGUAUGGACCUUUGAAGAAAGAGUUUGUCCUGGGCGUCGCUGCGUCCAAAGGGGCCAGUGCUUGUUGGGUGCGGGAAGGGACUGAUGGAGCUGGUGGAGGAAGUAAUGUUUAUACGUGGGGCUUGAAUGGUGGUCAGUUAGGAUAUGAUAGGACCGCUACUGGGUCUGGAGCGCAGGUUCAGUCUCUACCGAGAAAAGUAACAAAGAUAACCAGGCCUGUAGUUCAAAUCGCACUGGGAGAAAGUGCGAUGGCAUGUUUGCUCAGCGGAAUAGGAAGCGUAGGAGGCGGAUGGAAAGGGGACGUGUUAGUCUUUUGGGGAGAUCAAGUAGGACGAGUUAGCUUCCCUAUUCAUACUUUUCCUCUUUCAAUUACGCCCUAUCGUCCACCGCAAGCACUCAAGUCCACCCGCAUUGUCAAGAUAGUAUGUUCCGAUGAAAGCCCUCCGCCAUUUUCAUUUAGCUCGAUAUCUUCGUCCUCAGCCGCUUCUGCGCAGUCGUCGUCUCACAACUCUGCCUCUAAUCUCUCCGCGAUGCUCAAUUCUCAAAGUACCAAUGUAAAUCAAAAUAACAUCAAUUUUGCUUGUGUCUCAGAGGGCGGGGAAGUUUUCACUUUCGGAGUACCAGGAGUUCCUCCUUUGGGUGUACUCGGCUCAGGCUCUGGUUCCCCGGAUGCGGAUGGAAACGCGGGAUCUGGCAUAGCUCUUGCGAAAAUUAUCAAGCCCCAAAGAGUCUGGGCAUUAAGACGAGGCCUUGUCGGUGCUGUGAGAGACGUUGCUAUCGGCGGCGAUGGUUCACUCAUUGUAUGCACGGAUUCGGGACACGUGUAUGUCCGUGCGCGUUCUUCCGACACCAUUUUUGGUGGCUCUAAAUCUUCAUCUGGCGGCGGGAAAUCCAAAUUCGUUCGAAUCCCAUAUCUUCAACGCAUCGUUGGAGUAUGUGCAAGUAGUACCGGCGCUUUUGGUGCAUUGAGGGUCGACGCGGACAUUAGGCCCAUUAGUUGGCCAACUGUAGACGAAGAGCUUCUUACGAAGAAAGUCGGUCGAGGCCUGAAAAAAGCUGUUGAUGCGCUUAAGGGUUGGGACCUCGUACACGACUUGAAGAGUAUCAGACCAUGGAUGUGGAAGAGAUCCGUAGACUCUCCAUUGGAUGUCGAAUGGCUCGAGGAUUCCUGCGAUGUCAAUUUUAAUCCACCGUCUAUCUCGGUACCUCCACAGACAGGUGCUAUGUCUCCUGUUCACCAAAAACCAGAUGAUGAUGCUGAUGAAUAUGACGAUGACGGAGAUCUCAGUAUCAAGCAGGACAUCAAAUUGUUGUAUGAGUUAUGUGCAUUCAUAACAAGGCAAGACACCAAUAUUGGGUCUUCGGGGAAAUUACCGUAUGGUGCCGACCUCAUAGUAUACAUAAACUCCGAACCUUCUGUGGCCGGCACGAAGAAAAGUCGAAGUAAAACCAAGGCUUACUCCUUGCCACAACAGCUCUCUGUCCCCCUUCACGCUGUCCUGUUGGGAGCAAGAUCUAAUGCAAUGGCGAGCGCUCUCUUGUCGCCUUCGGAGUCGGUUUUCAAGUGCCAAGUUGAUGCUCGCACUGUUGCCAUUUCAAAAACCAUAUCUGUAUCGUCAAUUCAUGGCAAUGCCAUUGCACGAAGAAGCAUCACCUUCACCAACUUUCAUUCACUUGCCGUUCUGAUUCUCUUGCACUAUAUUUAUACCGAUGAGCUCAUCUGUAUCUGGGAUCGGCGCGUCUCCACAGGUAUCCCUUCACUUUCGUCUUCGGAGGCGUUGGAAGUUACACCAACGCUUGCUACACAAGUCAAAUCUGAGUUGCAGAACUUGGCCAGAAUCCUUGUCCUUCCAGAGAUGCUGAAGGCGAUGGAAAGCGUUGUAAAGAGACCCGUUACUGAAACGUUACGAACAGAUCUUGCAACAGUAUGGAAUCUUAACAACUCGAGUUCGUCCUUACCCACUCUUUACACAUCCUCAGCUCUCGCUCCCGACAUCGUUAUCCAAUUGGCGGAAGGACGCGAACUUGUCGCUCAUUCGACCAUUUUGCGAGCUCGAUCUGUCUAUUUCGAGGAUUUUUUGAGCGAGGAAGAUUGGACCAAAAAACGCAAGGGUCACGAAGGAGUUCUGAAAGUUGAUCUGCGACACGUGAAGUCCAAUGUAAUGGAAUACGUGAUGAGAUGGUUGUGCUGCGGUCAAACUGAAGGCCUUUUUGGUUCACUUGAAUUCGCUGAAUCUGUGGACACUAUUCUGGAAUUCCUGUUCGAGGUGAUCGCUGUCGCGAAUGAGUUAAUUCUGUUCCCUCUCGUGCUGCUCACAUCGCAGUUGAUACUCAAAUUCCUGAACAUUCAUAAUGCGUGUUACAUCCUAUCUGAAGCCUCCCACUACCAUGCAUAUGAAUUGGUCACCUCAGUCGAGAGCUACAUCUCUGAAAAUUUGGAAACGUUCUUGGAGACACAUAUGCUGGAAGUACUCGACCCGUCUAUUAUCAAACAUCUUUCUUCUUAUAUCCGGAGCAGACAAGAGAACAAAGCCUCCAUAGUUCGGAGUAACGUCCUAGUCAAGCAUGCGAUGAGCAAGUGGCAAGAAUGGCUGGAAAACGAAGAUAUUCCCACUGUUUUCGUUCCGAGCACUGGAUCGCUCAGAAGGCAGCGAGAAAGAAAACUGUCUCAAGUGGCCACCUUUACAUCCCCACCCUCUACCUCACCAGUACUAAGUACUUCUUUUGGACACCAGAAAGAUCUCAGCAAGAAUAUGCCUCCCAGCCCUAUCUCCAGGCCUCGGACUACUGCCAGCCCAGGACUGAAACCGCAUGCUCCCAUCCCUGAAUCCGAUGACCUUUUCGACAUGGACGAUGUGGAUAUUAGUUUUCCUUCCGUCGAUCUGGUGGAAUCGCGCGUUCCUACAGCUCGAUCUUCCUCUGGGCCUUCACCAGCCUGGAAGUCAUCGUCCGUCCCUCGGGUCGACAUGCGUUCUGUUAUGGCCGAAGCAGCUGGUGUCUCUGAAUCUCAGCCACCGAGGUCCACACAAAUUUACAUGGCGGCUCAAGGUAGAGAUUCUCCUAAUGAUGGCUCAUCUCCCUAUUCAGUACGUCUGCGACGCGCAGGAUCCACUUUCGACUUACCUUCCACCUCAUCUCCAUCCCCUCGGCCGAGUGGAUCGUCUCGGAAGGUCACUACUGGCAGCGCACCAGGAUCAGGCUCUGCUACGCCAAACGCUUUCCCAACAUUGGGUGGCUCUCCUACUCCUGUGUCCAAAUCAAGGGAUCCGGCUGCACCUCUGAACGGUCGACUGCCUUCACAGGCAACGAGUUCUGGCUCAAACACAGGACCCAUCCUUGGACCAAUAUUUUCACCCUCUCGUCAGCCUGCACCCAAAGCUCCGGCAACAGCGCCUCGUAGAGUCUCAAACACCAGCGUCAAGUCUACUCCCAAGGCUUGGGUUUCUACACCUGUGCAUGAACCGCUUCCGCCAACGAUAACGAACAGCAAUCUGAAGGGAGUUUCAUUUGUUGCAAUCCAACAGUUACAGCUUGAACAGGGCACUAGCAAUGUCAACGACAAACGUUCACUGCUAGAGAUUCAACAGGAGGAACAGGCGAAACGGGAGGAGGAAGACUUCCUCAAAUGGUGGAAUGCGGAGGAGGAGCGAGUUCGAUUGGAGACGGAAGCAGUCGAAAGACUGCAAUCUAGUGAUAAAGGCCGACAGGGGAGUAAGGGUCAAUACCAGAAAAAUCAUCAGAAGAGAUCGAAGAAGGGGAAAACGCCCAACGUUGGCAGAGACACUGGUAACAGUGGCGAAGGGCCCUCUGGAUCUGCGAUCUCACCAAGUCGCCCUUCGCGGGACGUUAAUUUAACUCAAAGUGUAAGCGGACCGAGUCCGAGUUCUAGACGACCCAGGGCCAAGAGAGGUCCCCCUGCACCUCCGGUGCCAGCUUCGUAAUAUACAUGUAUCCGAUGGACCACCUUAGAUGACGGUAUCUUUAUUCUUCUUUGCCUUGUCUCCUUAACAUCCUGUAUCAACCUGAAUCAUGUAAGAUUUCCUCUCCUUGUAGCGACGUCUAUGUAGAACCUUUUAUCGUCCGCAUGGAAACUUCUUGUACAUGUCCAAAGUAUGAAGGCUGUUUUACAAAUCGCAUAGACCCUUAAGCUUGUAGUAGCAUAGAACAGAGAACUAACUGAGAUGAACGAAAGCACUUGCC